UAUAUACGUAUAUAUCAAAAACAUCUAUAUUUAGAUAAACAAAAAUAAUAAAAUUAAAACAACAAAAAUAUAUAAAUAAUAAAGAACUUCUGAAAAAAUAGUGAAAUCUAUUAUUAAGACAAACAUUGUGGUAUUUAUUUGCUAAAAACAAGAAAACCAACAAGUGUUUUGUUUACAACGACGCAAACUCUCAAGAAUAACGAAAGUGUGUUUAUGUUCAUUUGCCGGUUAUUGGCUUAAUGGCCCACUCCUUCAGCAGCAGCAAGAACAACAACAGGUCACCCGCAUAGUUGUGUGUUGUCAGCGUAAAAAUCCCACUAAAUGUUUAUGACACAUUAUUAUUUCUGUUUGCUCUUGUUUUAUUAUUUAUUUUUUCGGCCUGUUGCCCGUACUCACAUCCACACAAAGUCGACGUCACUGUUGGUUAAGAAGUGUAUUGGACAAUAAUACUUUGUAUUUCGUUUUUUGGUUUUCAAAUAUUAAUAUUAUAGUACAAACAUAUACGGAGAUUUCUCUAUAGUCCGCCGUGGAAUUUUUAAAAAAUUAUGUAAUUUAUCGCUACAAUUAAGCAAAUAAUUAAAGUAAAAGUUAAAAAAUUUUAUGGAUUUUAAGAGAUCUUAGUAAAGUUCGAUUAAAAUGGAUUUGUUGCUAUUUUUAACGGCAGCUGGCCAUCUUGUAUAUACCCCAUUUACCAAAGUGGAGGAAAGUUUUAAUCUACAGGCUAUGCAUGAUAUUUUAUAUUUACGGCACAAUUUUACACAGUAUGAUCAUCAUGAGUUUCCUGGUGUUGUGCCACGCACAUUUUUGGGUCCCUUAUUUAUAUCGAUUCUAUCAACGCCAUUUAUUUUACUGUUUGAAACUCUGAAUAUCAACAAAUUUUGGGCGCAAUAUGUAGUGCGUUUAAUAUUGGCUGCUGUUGUCACCGUAUCCUGGACCAAAUUGAAACGUGUGAUAACAAAGUUGUACGGCACCAAUGUUAGUUUUUGGUUUAGUCUUAUAACAUUAACACAAUUUCAUUUUAUAUUCUAUAUGAGUAGAACUUUACCCAAUAUAAUGGCACUGCCUAUAGUCUUAUAUGCUUUGGCUUAUUGGUUAAAUGGUCAAUUGAAACCGUUUAUUAUAUGCUCCGGCAUAGCUAUAUUGGUUUUUCGUUCGGAAUUGAUUAUAUUUUUAGGUUUGCUAUUGCUUUUCGAUUUACUAUUUCGUAAAGUAACGAUAGACAGAAUUUUAAAAAUUGCUUUACCAGCGGGUUUGGUAAUUUUGGCUACUUCCAUAGUAGUGGAUUCAUUCUUUUGGAAAAGACUAUUAUGGCCGGAGGGUGAAGUGUUAUGGUAUAAUACUGUACUAAAUAAAAGCUCCGAUUGGGGUACUUCUCCCUUUAUGUGGUAUUUCUAUUCAGCUUUGCCACGUGCCAUGGGUGCCUCCUUAUUAUUUGUGCCUUUAGGUCUAUUGCUGGAACGUCGCAUAAGACCUAUUGUUAUAGCUGCUAUAGGAUUUGUUUUAAUAUAUUCUAUAUUACCUCACAAAGAAUUACGUUUUAUUAUUUAUGUAUUUCCCGUAUUGAAUUUAGCAGCAGCCACGGCUUGUCACAGAUUCUGGCAAAAUAGUUCAAAAUCUAUAUGGCAUGGUUUUCUAUCUUUAUGUGCUGGUGGCCAUUUAUUGGCCAAUGUUUUAAUAACAUUAUUUUUAUUAUUGGUUUCGCGUACCAAUUACCCUGGCGGUUUGGCUUUAAGAAAUCUGCACAAUUUAGAAUAUCAUACUACAAAUGUUUCAGUACAUAUAUCAAAUUUAGCUGCUCAAAGUGGUGUCAGCAGAUUUUUGCAAAUCAGGGAUGAUUGGAGAUAUUGUAAAAAUGAACAUAUGAACUAUACCAAAGAAGAAACAAAACAAUAUACUCAUUUACUAAUGGAAGCCAAAAAUAAGUUCAACACCCAAUUGUGGUCAUCUCUGCAAGAAGACUAUGAUACCAUGGAGUUUAUAGAUUGUUUUAAUAGCAUAGGUAUACAGUACAAUUCAAUAAUGCCAGUUAAAAUUAAAACAAAGCCCUGUUUGGCCAUUUUAAAAAGGAAGUUAAAACCUAAAACAAUGGAAAACAUAACAAAACCUGAAAAGAAAAAGAAAAAAUCAAUAGAAGUUGAAGAACAAAAAGAAACUUUAGAAGAGCCACCAAAAUCCAAAGAAGUCAAAACAGAAAAAACUAAAAAAUCUAAGAAAAAGAAGAAAUCUAGUGAAGCUGUUCCACAAAGUCUUGAAUUGGAAACUCAAGAUAUAGAAAAUAAAGAAAACUUAAAUAUAGAAGAGGAAAACUCGGCCCAGGAGAUUGUAGAUGAUAUAUCACACAAAUCUAAAGAAAUUAAUGAUAAUUUUAAUGUCCCAGUAAUUCAGGAUGAACCAUUAACUCCUCCACCCGACUUAACAAAACUUUUAAGUCAAGGCGUAAGUUUAGAAGAUGAUGCUAUUGUAUCCACUGUAGAAUCAUAUGAAGACUUGCCACUGCUAUCGGAAGAAACAAACGAUUCAGCGCAAGUAAAUAAAGAAAUUAAUUUCCAAGAAUUACACAAUUUAGCCUUAGGGCAAGUUAAUCGUAAAACGCGAGCAACGAAAUUAAAAAUACGCAGAAUUAUUGAACAACAUUAUCGAUCGAAAGGUAAACACAUCGAAAAUGAUUCCAAAGAGAAAAAAUAUACUACCACUCCACCUCCUAACGCCUCGACACGACAAUCGGUUAAGGCCAUUAUUAAGCAGGAACGCAUUAAGGAUAUGAUAGAACAAAUUUCUACCAUGGAUUUGACCAAAAUGUGCAAUUUAGAAAAAGUCUCCACAAAAGAUUGUCUGAAAUUAGUUAUUGAUAAAAUUGAUGAGGAUGGUGGUAGCCAUGCUACAACUACAGCCAGUUAAUGAAGUGCUGUAAUAGAGCAUUUUAUCUUUAGCACCACCUUUAAGGAACACCGGCAGAUCGUUUUUCUCUUGAAACAGUUUUUGUAAACGUUGUAGUUUCGGUGGCAGUUUACUUCUUUUGCAG